AUGAAGCACACAACUCUGCGGCAACUUGCCGCUCACAAUUGGUCCACGUUCCGCCGCCAGCCGUUGACCGAGAUAUCAGGCUCUUUAGGCGACUUGGGCACCUUCCUGCCCAUCGUGAUAGCUCUGACUGAAGGACAUCAGAUCUCUCUGACCACCACCCUCAUAUUCACCGGUCUCUACAAUAUACUCACAGGAGCCUUCUUCGGUAUUCCUCUGCCAGUUCAGCCGAUGAAAGCGAUUGCAGCGGUAGCAAUCUUGAAAUCUCUCACGGCCGGCCAGACUGCUGCUGCAGGCAUCUUUGUCUCAUCCUGCAUCUUGGCCUUCAGCGUGACAGGGCUUUUAUCUUGGUUCACUCGAGUCAUUCCGAUCCCCGUAGUCAAGGGUAUCCAAGUUGGAGCAGGCCUCAGUCUGAUCAUAGCUGCCGGUACCAAGGCACUAUCAUCUCUGUCCUGGACAUCACCUUCCUGGGCGGACAACUAUCUAUGGAUGAUUCUGGCCUUCCUUGCUUUAUUUGCGACCAAUCUUCGGCCUCGAACACCGUACGCGUUAAUGCUGUUCGUCAUCGGCAUUGUCUUUGCGAUAAUCCGCCUCACGCGGGACAGUCACCGCCAUCUGCCCGGAUUUCAGCUUUGGCAUCCUUACACCCAGGUACCUUCCGGCGAAGAAUGGAAGACGGGCAUUUUCGACGCUGGAGUCGGCCAGCUACCUCUGACGACACUCAACUCCAUCAUUGCCGUCACCCAUCUCGCGGCCGACCUGCUCCCAGAUAUCCAGACCCCGUCAGUCACAUCAGUUGGAAUCAGCGUGGCCGCAAUGAAUCUGUUCGGCUGCUGGUUUGGAGCCAUGCCAGUCUGUCACGGCUCUGGAGGGUUGGCAGCGCAAUAUCGCUUCGGCGCAAGGUCAGGAGCGAGCAUCAUAUUUCUAGGCCUGCUAAAAUUGAUCCUCGGCAUCUUGUUCGGCGAAAGUCUUGCCAAUCUACUGACCAAGUUCCCUCUUGCGCUGCUGUCGGUCAUGAUCGUCGCUGCUGGGUUGGAACUGGCCAGUGUCGGGGAAAGCCUGAACACACCACGCGCGAGGGAUCUCACGAAAGAAGGGGACGACUCGGCAAACACAGUUCACAUCACAGACGAUGAGCGAAAGAAACGGUGGACAAUCAUGCUGGUGACAGCAGGAUUGCUCGUCGGCUUCAAGAACGACGCAGUAGGCUUUCUUGGGGGGAUGUUCUGUCAUUGGAGCUACCAAGUACCACGUUAUGUGGCCAUGUUGAGGUCCAAAUCGUCUCGAACGGAAAGUACCCAUCCCGAAGAGCAAGAGUCAUUAUUACCACAAUAG